AUGCAAGUCAAAGUCCCCGAAGGGCAAAGGGAUGCUCUACGGUUGUGUUGGUGGCCGGAUGGAGACCUAGACGGACUUGCCCAAGAGUAUCGGAUGACGGUGCACCCGUUUGGCGCAAAUUCCUCUUUCUUCUGUGCAAACUUCACGUUAAAAACUACCGUUAACAAAUUUGCUCAGCAUUUCAAAACCCCGUUGAGCUCCUGUGUUGAACAUAAUUUUUAUGUGGAGGACUUCCUGGGAUCUUUUGAUAGCAUCGAGGAAGCAGUUCGACACAUUAGAGAUCUAUCCAAGUUACUGCUCAUGGGAGGAUUCAAGGUAACGAAUUGGAUGUCCAACAAUCGUCACGCAAUCGAUUGCGUCCCAGCUGAUGAGCAGGCGCCGAGUCUCCGUAAAUUGCAGGGUAGUCCGUUACAAACAGAUAGAGUACUUGGUUUGCAAUGGGACUCGGAGAAAGACGAAUUCUUGUUCUAA